CCUGAGUGGGACAAACUGACUUUUGGUGUGGGACGCAAUAGUCUUGGGACGAAGCUCCCUCCCAUUGACCACACGAGUACACGGGGGGUCAUUUCGCCCCACAACAAGUCAAUUCGUCCCAGUAAUUGUUUCAUCGGUGAUCGAUUAAUCGUCUUUUGGGCUUGGGACGAUUUGACUUUUGGUCUUGGGACCCAAUGGACCAAGUUGGGACGAAUUGACUUUUGUUGUGGGGGCGAAAAAUGUAGUCACCGAAGGUUCAAUUUAUUUAGAUUGAUCCCUGAAAAUCCAGAUAAAAAUGAGGCUGCAGUAUGAUCCCUAUUUGAAAUGAAACUGUGGGCUACAAAUACAUUAAUUUCUGGAACUAAAUUUGUGCAAAGUUCCAUAUGUUCAUUUUCACUGGCCGUGUUCGCACAGACGUGUAUAGGAUUCAUGGUGAUUCCGAACCGCCGUUCGAUUCAUUUGACACUGAGGCGGGUGUUGAUUGGUUUUGCAGGAAAGGCAAUUUUGCUGUAUAAGGGAAAAGGGGUGAUAAAAUGGGGUUAGAAGACUAAAUACCCGGAAAAAUACUGAGAGCAUUAGGAGGUGGAGAUGUGUACACGCCACCACUCUAGUGCGGCGAUGAAGAGCUAUUUGUAUCGGAAGUGACGUAGUAGGGAAGCACGUUGUGUGGAGAGAGAGUGAAAGCACCAAGUUGUCGGUGGUAAAAGCGCGCAACUAUGAACAACCUCGUAGACGUAUCAUCAGCAAUGUCAGCUCUUGAGCGGCUUGAUGUGAAUGGGGGACAGCCAAAAGAAAAUCAACACAAGGCUUUACAGGAACUCACAAAGCCACACAUAGAUUCUUUCAACCACAUGAUUCGCCAUGGCAUUCAUGAUAUUGUAGAGCACAUGUUGCCUGUUGAAUUUGAACUUCCUGGAGGUCAACAAUGUGCAUUGUAUUUGAAGGGUAUCAGCAUUCUUCCACCAAGACUACCAGACACAAACAAAGUGAGCGUAUCGUCAAAAAUUUACCCUGCAGAGUGUCGAGAACGACGGAGUACAUACAGGGGAGAUGUCCAGGUCAAAAUGGGAUGGAAGAUAAAUGGAAAUGAAGAAGGUUUUAUUGAAAGAUCACCUGGACAGAUUCCUGUAAUGGUUAAGUCUGAUCUUUGCUAUCUGGCUAACCUCACACCCAAAGAUCUCAUCAGACAUGGGGAAGAGGCUGAGGAGAUGGGUGGCUACUUUAUUGUGAAUGGCCAAGAAAAGAUUGUUCGAAUGCUGGUUUUACAACGCAGGAACUUUCCACUUUGUCUGAAGCGGCCAUCUUGGAAGACUCGUGGGUCUGACUUCACAGAAUAUGGUAUUAUAAUGAGAUGUGUCAGAGCUGACCAAAGUGCUUCAAAUAUGUUCCUACACUACAUCCAAAAUGGCACAGUGAUGGUUGGCUUUACUUAUAACAAGGAAAUUUAUUAUGCUCCUCUAAUGAUGAUCCUAAAGGGACUGGUUGAUGUGUGUGACAAACAGAUUUUUGAUGAUCUGACCAACUUUGGAGAUGCUGAUUCAUACUUUAAAGGCUGUGUGGUGUUCAUGUUGAGAGAGAUGCUGGAGCGGGAUUUGGUGUCCCAGACUGAAAUGCUACAGUACAUAGGCGAGCGAUUUCGCAUCAGAUUGGAAUUGCCCAUGUGGUACACACAUGGGCAGGUGGGCUUGUUUUUGCUGGAUCAGUGCAUUUGCAUUCACCUGGCUUCAAACUAUGACAAAUAUAACCUUCUCAUCUACAUGACCCAAAAGCUGUUUGCAUUCGCAACAGGGAAAUGUGAGGAAAGUGCAGACAACCCCAUGUUCCAAGAACUUCUACUGAGUGGUCAUCUCAUGCAGUUAGUACUGAAGGAGAAGCUUGAGUCCUGGCUGCAGUCUGUGCGGCUUAAUAUGCUAAGAAUCCUGAAGAAAACAGGCGACAAUCAAUGCUUCACCGUCAGUGAAAAUGUGGUGACAAAAGCACUUCUACAAAGCAUCAAAAUAACAAGAGGGAUGGAGUAUUUGCUGGCUACAGGAAACCUUGUGUCCAAAACAGGACUAGGACUGUUGCAAGCAUCAGGAUUGGCUAUUAUUGCAGACAAACUCAACUUUAAUCGCUAUAUUUCACACUUUCGAAGUGUUCAUAGAGGAGCAUUUUUUGCCCAAAUGCGUACCACUGCUGUCCGUAAAUUGCUGCCGGAAGCAUGGGGCUUCCUAUGCCCAGUUCAUACCCCAGAUGGCGCUCCAUGUGGCUUGCUAAACCAUAUGGCUGCUAUUUGUCAGGUAGUGAAUAUACAACAUCCCCGAAAGCCCAUUCUGCAGCAGCUGUCUGCUCUGGGGAUGACCCAGACUGGGUUACCCAUUCCUGUCAGCCUCAACCAGUGUUAUCCUGUCCUGCUGGAUGGUGAACUGGUGGGACAAGUGUGGGAUAUUUAUGCUGAAUCACUUGUCAAGGGUCUGAGGCUCAUGAAAAUUACAGGUCAAAGAAAAAUUCCAGCAACCCUGGAAAUUUGUUUGGUUCCCAAGACAGAACUAGCUAGUCAGUACCCUGGUGUAUACCUCUUCUCCACUAUUGCACGGAUGAUGAGGCCAGUCAUACACCUUGCCACUGGCAAGCUUGAGAUGAUUGGGCCCUUUGAGCAGGUGUACUUGGAUAUUGCAGUGUACAAGGAUGAGAUACAUAAAGGAAUCACCACACACUUAGAAGUCAAUGAACAGUGCAUACUUAGUGUGAAUGCAAAGCUUAUACCAUUUCCCGAUUUCAACCAAAGUCCACGCAACAUGUAUCAAUGUCAGAUGGGAAAGCAGACCAUGGGCACACCAUUACAUGCCUUAGAACACCGGUCUGACAACAAGCUGUAUCGAAUCUUGACACCACAGUCACCUUUGGUUCGACCUCAGGCGUAUGAGCAGUAUCAUGUUGAUGAGUACCCUUUAGGCACCAACGCCAUCGUGGCUGUCAUCUCCUACACUGGCUAUGACAUGGAAGAUGCUAUGGUUAUCAAUAAAUCAUCAUACGAGAGGGGAUUUGCCCAUGGUUGCAUCUACAAGACAGUAGAGGUGGACCUUACACAGAAGCAUGAUGGCUCCUAUGUAUUUGGGUGCAAACAAGGGGGCACCGAAGGACUUGACCCAGAUGGUCUUCCACCUGUUGGGAAGCUGCUGCAAGAUGGCGAUCCUCACUACAGUUAUAUUAACAUCCAGACAGGAGCGGUAAAAGUAGAUCUGUACAAAGGGUCUGAGAGUGCAUUUGUUCAGCAGGUGAAGGUGCUAGGCAGCGAAACAGGACAGGGUCCAUUGAACAGAGUCAUUAUCGUUCUUCGCAUUCCCAGGAAUCCUACUAUCGGUGACAAAUUCUCCAGCAGACAUGGACAGAAAGGUGUCUGCAGCAUGCUGUGGCCAGCAGAGGACAUGCCGUUUACAGAGAGUGGCAUGACCCCAGACAUCAUAUUCAACCCUCACGGCUUCCCAUCGAGAAUGACUAUUGGGAUGAUGAUAGAGAGUAUGGCAGGCAAGGCGGCGGCACUGCACGGGCUGUACCUCGACGCCACACCCUUCACUUUCUCGGAGGAUCAGCCAGCCUCUGACUACUUCGGCAGCAUGCUGACCGCAGGUGGCUACAACUACUAUGGCACAGAGCGAAUGUACAGUGGCGUGGACGGACGGGAGCUGACGGCAGACAUUUUCUUUGGCGUGGUGUACUACCAACGUCUGCGUCACAUGGUGUCCGACAAGUAUCAGGUGAGAAGUACGGGGCCCAUCGACCCUCUGACGCAGCAGCCUGUCAAGGGACGUAAGCGCAUGGGUGGCGUGCGAUUUGGCGAGAUGGAGCGAGACGCAUUGAUUGCCCAUGGCAGUAGCUUUCUACUGCAGGACCGCCUGCUGAACUGCUCCGACCGCUGCACGGCAAUGUUGUGCAAGGAGUGUGAGAGCUUGGUGUCGCCAGUCCUGGACAAGCCGGCCCCCAACAUCGCGGCCGUGACGUCAGAGGCCAGGCGACAGUGGCGAUGCCGGACGUGUGGCCAGACGGACAGUGUGGGUCCCAUCACCCUCCCCUUCGUGCUGCGCUUCCUGGUAGCCGAGUUGGCCGUCAUGGGCAUCAACAUGACUUUCAAGGUCAGGCCUGGAGUGUGACCGCCACCAGAGGGUUUCUCUGCUAGUCCAGUCUCCUGACCAUCUUGGCGAUCAUCGGCAAGAAUACCAGUGACAAGAGAUUGCCUGGUUUCGGGAUAGAGGGGAACGAAGUUGUGACCUCACGUUGCGUGGCCCCAAAGAAGAGUACUAAUGUCAUGUUAAAAAAUUUCUCGCAAAGGUGUCUUAGAGGUACAUGCGGCAGUGAUACAAACACAUAAGCAAAUCAGUGUAAAUUUCAUUUUCUUUUAAACACUUUUUUCUGGUAUAUAUGUUGUAUAUAUGAGAGAUACAUUUUUGGUGAUCGAAAAGGUCGCCUCGGGCAUGUGUGUGUGUUUGUUUUGUGAGAGGGUGUGUAACGGGAAGGCGGGUAUGUUUUAUGUUUAUGUCUUGUAUGUAUAAAACAAUAAACAGGGUCAAAUUGAGUUAUAAAAAACUUAA